AUGUCGGAGAGAAUCAAAUUAGCGUUCUCUAGCGGUAACAGUUAUUAUCGUGAUUCGUUAUCAGACUAUGAUCGUCAGAGAUUUUCGGAGACAAAAGAGCGUCUGGUUGAACAAGACUACCUCCCAGUACUAGAUAAAAAUGGCCCAGUGAAUCAACGUGCACAAAAUAUGAAAGGUAUGUCUCUGAACAACUCGUGGAAUUAUACUGUGUUAACUUUGACACAUACACAAACGUUCCCCCCAUUAAAUGUGACCUCAUCAUCACGUUCAAAUAGCGACAGGAUUUACAAUAACCAUAUUUUGGUGACACAGUUCUUGCCUACUUUAAUUUAUGUCAGCAUUUUAUUCAUUGUUGGGGUUGUUGGAAACGCCCUGGUGUGUUACGUCUUCAAAAUCAAAUGGAAAAUAAAAAAGAAACCAUCCACUCUGUUCAUUCUGGUAUUGGCUGGUUAUGACCUUGUGAACUGCAUCGUAACAAUGCCGUUCGAAAUGGCCCUGGUAUGCAACUAUGUAUCUUUUGACUUUCCCAUCAUCUGCAAACUGUCAAGAUUUCUGACUUACGGCUUAAAUGCAGCUUCUACUGUUAUCCUUUUGGGAAUUGCCAUUGACAGAUUGCUGGGCAUUAGAUAUGGAUUUAAGUUGGGAUCUUUGACAAUGCGACAAGCUCGAUUAAUCGUUGGACUUUCAAUGUUUAUAGGAGUUUUAACAACUUGGCCAGCUCUGUUUUUGUAUGGAACGUACGAAGAGAACAUGUAUAGAACAUGUUAUUUUGCAACAGAGUUCAAAGAUUCUGGCUACGUCACAGCCCAAGUAAUUUUUAGCAUCGUUGCGUCACUGAUCGGAGAUAUCAUCUUUAUUUCCAUAUAUUCAUUGAUAGGAUAUACGAUAUGUCAGCAGCGGAAUAAGACAGUCAAAAGUAGUGACACGAGCACGGAAAGGACUAAGAUUUGCAGCAAAUCAGAGAAUGACAUUUGUAACCUAACUGAUCAAUCGCAAAUUUCUAUUGAUUGCACCCAAGAAAAUGGAAAAAGCUCCUCAAGCUUGUUUAACAAAGGCGACGGACAAGGGUAUAAUUCAUUUUCCAAGACAGAUCUGUUUCUUCAGCAAGGAAACAAACCUGAACCACGUGACCGGUCUGGAAGUGAAGCUAUCGGAAGUCUUAUGACAUUAUUAAAGAUUAAUCACGACUCUCAAAAGCAUCGAAGUUCGACUUUUAGCAACAGCGAGGGAAAACGAUUCGGUCCGUCUUUCAAAGCACGGAAGACCACUUUUAUGUUGUUUACCGUAACAAUAGUGUAUAUUCUAACCUUUCUUCCAUUCUGCGUUCUGAAUAUUAUCGACCUUCACCGGCGACACCUGUCUAUGGAUAACCUAUCUGUGAUAGAGUUAAAUUUUUAUCACUUGUUGUUUAGAUCUUACAUGCUCAGCAUGGCCGUGAAUCCAAUCAUAUUUAGCUUCUUGAACAAACAUUUUCGAUCGGAAUGUUUUUCUCUCCUAAAAGAUGCUCUUCUUUGUAUCAUUUCAUGUUUCUAUUCGAGAGAAAAGAAUUUGUCUUAAGUUUAUUUCAGAACAACAUAUUUACACGUACCUACUAUUUCAAACGCUCGGUUUUGCAUAUAUCAAAAUACAAUGUACAAUAGAAUCAAUAUCAGAUUAAAUUUACAGGUUAUAUGGAUUAAUUGAUAUGAAAUGUCCCCAACCUCUAUAUGUACUGUAUUGGGAUACUAGUAUUCCUCGAAACCAUUUACAAGAUGUAAUAAUAUUUGAAUUAUUCUUGUGUUCGGCUUUGUAUUGCUGUUUUGUAAUGACAUAAAAAUAUUUGAAA